AUGUCGACCUCGGCUGGGCUUACGGCGAUAAGUGGACAUUUUAACGGAUCCUUACUUCCAAUCAUUGGUUGGAAUGGCUCUAACGAUAUACCAGUCCAUCCUCACUGGACACAGUUCCCACCGGUCACACAGGAGUGGCAUUACGUUAUUGGUAUCUACAUCACUAUCGUCGGCCUAUUGGGGAUCACGGGCAACUCCGUCGUCAUCUACAUCUUUAGCAACAACAAGAGUCUAAGAUCACCAUCUAACCUGUUAGUGAUAAAUCUGGCUGUCAGUGACCUCAUCUUCUCCGCAUUCAACGGUUUCCCUCUCCUAACCAUCUCAUCCUUCCACCAGAAAUGGAUGUUCGGAUCAAUAACAUGCCAGCUAUACGGCUUUGUGGGAGGUGUCUUUGGCCUGAUGUCCAUCAACACACUUGCGGCUAUCUCCAUUGACCGGUAUAUCGUCAUAACUAAACCUCUACAGGCCUCACAGACCAUGACCAGAAGUAAGGUGCACCUUAUGAUCAUGUUUGUAUGGGUCUUUUCCAUCCUCUUGAGUGUACCACCAUUCUUUGGCUGGGGCGCCUAUAUCCCAGAGGGCUUCCAAACGUCAUGUACAUUUGACUAUCUCACCAAGACACCUCGGACGCGAGCCUUCAUCAUUGUGUUGUAUUUGUUUGGGUUUGCUCUGCCACUGAUUAUCAUAAGCAUCUGCUACAUAAUGAUCAUUCAUGGAGUUCGGCGCCAUGACCAGAAGAUGCUAACUUUAGCAAACAACUUGAAGGCGGAAGACAUUCGAGCAAAUAAUAAAAGAGCUCAGUCAGAACUGAAGAUUUCCAAGAUUGCCAUGACCGUCACUUGUCUGUUCAUCAUAUCCUGGAGUCCAUAUGCGGUUAUUGCUUUGAUCGCACAAUUUGGACCUGCGCAUUGGAUAACACCAUUGGUGUCAGAACUUCCCAUGAUGCUCGCGAAGUCAAGCUCCAUGCAUAAUCCUAUUAUAUAUGCACUCAGCCAUCCGAAAUUUCGUACAGCACUAUAUAAGCGGGCUCCUUGGAUGUUCUGCUGUUGCAAACCGGCAGAGAGACCCGAUUUCCGAACGUCAUUCAACUACAACAAGAGAGAAGUGACUCGAACAGAGAGCGCCAACAGUGACGUAUCCAGUGUGUUUAGUAAUUUCAGCGACUCAACAACGACGACGGCAAUGAUGGAUAGGAAACCAACGGAAGAUGCGAUGAGGGUCGACAGAGAAACGUCUUUCAGUAGAAGUGUUUCAAUUAUACGAACUGAUGACGAAUCAUGUUCAUAUCCUGCCAUGCUUUUGUUGGCUUACAAAGUAGAUGUGGACACCAUUUUUGACAUGAAAAAUGAUCAAACCAGACGAAAUUCCAAUCUACAUUCUCUGUAUAUCCCCACAAGAGUGCAGCAAGGACCAACGACACCGUCACUCAACGCGCCCCCUGGUGAGAUUUACGUCGUAGACAAUGUCCAUUAGGUAGAACAGGAGGUUAACUUUCAAUAGUUAAUUGCUUUGUAUAUAAAAUGUGAUAAUUAACAUCACCAAUGGUCCCAUCAUCAUAGAACAAAACAGAUCAAAUAGAAGCACAUGUAGCUACGUAGUUAGUAACUGGUUUAUCGCCUAGAUGACUCCGCCUGUUGUUAGGUUUCGUCUCACCGACUAUGAAAUAGUGAGUGAUUUGUCGGCGUAAGGUCUCUAUUGUAUCACCUGUAACCUAAACACCAUAUACAGAUAUAACAGCAACAGUACUAGCACCAGGAACAAUAGACAACAUCACGGAGACGAUAGUGAUGGAACAACAGACAACAUCACGGAGACAAUAGUGAUGGAUCAACAGACAACAUCACGGAGACAAUAGUGAUGGAUCAACAGACAACAUCACGGGGACAAUAGUGAUAGAUCAACAGACAACAUCACGGAGACAAUAGUGAUGGAACAACAGACAACAUCACGGAGUCAAUAGUGAUGGAACAACGGACAACAUCACGGAGUCAAUAGUGAUGGAACAACAGACAACAUCACGGAGACUAUAGUGAUGGAUCAACAGACAACAUCACGGAGACAAUAGUGAUGGAUCAACAGACAACAUCACGGAGACAAUAUUGAUAAUCAACCGACAACAUCACGGAGACAAUAGUGAUGGAUCAACAGACAACAUCACGGAGACAAUAGUGAUGGAACAACAGACAACAUCACGGAGUCAAUAGUGAUGGAACAACGGACAACAUCACGGAGACAAUAGUGAUGGAUCAACAGACAACAUCAUGGAGACAAUAGCGAUGGAUCUACAGACAACAUCACGGAGACAAUAGUGAUGGAUCAACAGACAACAUCACGGAGACAAUGGUGAUGGAUCAACAGACAACAUCACGGAGACGAUAGUGAUGGAACAACAGACAACAUCACGGAGACAAUAGUGAUGGAUCAACAGACAACAUCACGGAGACAAUAGUGAUGGAUCAACAGACAACAUCACGGACACAAUAUUGAUGAUCAACCGACAACAUCACGGAGACAAUAGUGAUGGAUCUACAGACAUCAUCACGGAGACAAUAGUGAUGGAUCAACAGACAACAUCACGGAGAUAAAAUUGAUUCAAUAUAUUAUCUGAAAAGUGGCACAGAUUGGUGAUGUAUUUUUUAGUUAUAUUUUAUUAAUUAUAUCUAAUAUUUAUUCUUGUGAACAGGCCUUGUCUGUGAUAUGUAUUCAUAGGAGACUUGUUACUAUAUUAUCAUGAUAGAUUUAUGUAACGUUGAUUUUGUUAUUGGUACAUGUUUAGUCAUUAUUACACAGUCUGAAACCUCAUACAAAUGUACGUCAAAAUCAUUUGUUUUCAUUGUUCCUUAUUUUUGUAGCAUUUCGAAUACAGUACAGAUGUUAAGUAUUUAAAUGUUUAUCGUUUCAGUAGCAUUAUAUAUAAAGUGAUUAAGACUGGCGUGCCCUUAUCUGACGCUUCGUAGUAUUCUUUAUUAUAUUGGUUGGACCAGAAAUAAUAUUGUAGAAGUCAAAUUUGAAAUGAUAGUUGUUUUGCUCCGCUAACCUCUCAGCGUAAUGUGUCGGCUUGGUGGAGUGAUAGGUAUUUGAUGUCAGCGCUUGUUUUGGUUUGUUUAUUGAGCUUGGUGAAUAUUCGUGCAUUCAUACGAAAAUAACGUCUGGGAAAUAUAAAUAAAAAG